AUGCGUUUCACCGAAUUUUAUCUUCUCUUUUCACUCUCCGCUGUGACGAUCGUUUCCGGUGAAAAAGCCUACCAGAAGUUGGCUUCGCAGAGCUCACCUUUUCCUGCGACGAGCAACGUCAAAACCUUGUACAAGGGCUUGACUUCCAACAACCAACUGAUGGCCCGUCAGGGCUCUGCUGGCGACUCUAACUAUUGCUCCGGUGUUGGUGCCACUUGCGUCAGUUGUUUUGGAUCUGGAUACAUUGAAUGUUCUGAUGGUUUUAAUUGCUACGACCCCAGCGAUCCAACCAGUACAUGCUCUAUCUCUUCUGGCUCUAGCUCUGGCUCUAGCUCUGGCUCUAGCUCUGGCUCUAGCUCUGGCUCUGGCUCUAGCUCUAGCUCUAGCUCUGGCUCUGGCUCUGGCUCUGGCUUUGAUUAUUGCCCCAGUGGCACCUGCGUCAGUUGUUUUGGAUCUGGAUACAUUGAAUGUUCUGAUGGUUUUACAUGCUACGACCCCAGCGAUCCAGCCAGUACAUGCUCUGGCUCUUCUGGCUCUAGCUCUGGCUCUUCUGGCUCUAGCUCUGGCUCUUCUGGCUCUAGCUCUGGCUCUUCUGGCUCUAGCUCUGACUCUAGCUCUGAAUCAACUGCCACCACCACCGACAGCCCCUCUAGCUCAACAUCAAGCUCGGGACUCACGUCUGGAUCUGGUAGUAUUGUGGAUCCUGCAUCUGGCACAAGCACCGGCGCAGCGCCAUCUCAUACGAGUAGCACAUCAUCCUCGGGCUCAUCAGACAGUUCUGACUCAUCAGACAGUUCUGGCCCAUUAGACAGUUCUGGCUCAUCAGACAGUUCUGGCCCAUUAGACAGUUCUGGCUCAUCAAUCAGUUCUGGAGCACCCAGUGCCGGAGCUCUCCUUGUUUCCCUUGGACUGAGUUGCUUUGUUGCCUUAUUCGCUAUGUAA